UGUCUAUCUGUGUGUGUGUGUGUGUGUGUGUGUGUGCGUGUGUGUGUGUGUGUGUGUGCGCGCCCAUGAAGGAUGAGCUUCUCGGGCGUCCAUCCCGCCGAUGCUCCCUCGUCUCUCGGCCAACUCUUGCGCACCCUCUGGUGCUCGCUCGCCGCCUGCCGAACUUCUUCUUCUCCUCCUCCUUUGUGUGGCCCUCUGGCCACAUUAUCAUUGUUGUUGUGUUGGUGGUUGUCUUCUUCCUCCUCCUCCACCACCACCUCCUCCUCCUCGCUGAUUGAGAGCUCGGCGGAGGAGCUCAGGUCAUCUGCAGCUGCGGCGAAGAAGAAGAAGAAGAAGAAGAAGGAGAAGAAGAAGAAGAAGGAGAAGCAGGAAAGAUGGCGAUCAGCUACUACUACUAGCCAGAUCGGACGGACACACAACUUUGGAGGUGACGGAGAAGAUUGUCGCGGUUUACCUGAAUUUCCAGGGAGUGCUCCCCCUGUUCAGUGAUGGAGGUACUGCACUGUGAUGGCUGUGACUUCCGCGCCGAGUCGUACGACGACCUGAAGACACAUAUUCAGGAAGUGCACACUGUCUUCCUGCAGCCAGCGGAUGCAGACGAGUCUGACUCACUAAAGGACAACGAGGAGGAGGAAGAAGAAGAAGAAGAUGAUGAAGAGGAGGAGGAGGAGGAAGCGGCAGCAGAGGGGGAUAAGCGUGACAAGGAUUACACACGGACUAAAGAUGGAACGAGUCCCAACUCUGCUGAGAGCUCCAGCAAGGCAUCACCGAAGCCACCCGCUGAAACCCAUCUGCUAUUUUACCAGUGCAAGUUCUGCGUCCGUUACUUCAGAUCAAAGUCGUUCCUGAGAAACCACACCAAGAAGGUGCACAAUGUCGAUCAAGAGGGCGCAGUAGCACCGAUCUCCUCAAAGACCUCCCUGGAGCACAGUGACAAUUCCAAAGUUUUCUCGUGUCAGUAUUGCACAUACAAGUCGCCGCGCAAAGCGAGGAUGAUAAAGCAUCACGUUAUGUGUCACAGCAAGCAUCAUGUUAUGUGUCAUAGCAAAGUUCCAUUAGACGGUUCCAGAGUCACUUUGGAGAAUGCCGAGCCAGACAAGGAGUUGGACUCACCCGCCACACUCACGUUUGCCUGUGAAUGGUGUGACUAUCAGACUGAUCAGAAGGCCGGUUGGACUAAUCAUGUGUUCGAAGAACACAGCGACCAGGUCAAGGUAGUUUCCUGCAAUUCUGAGCCAGAAGGGGAUGCAAUCGCAAACUCACCCAAGGCGGAUACCCCAUCCCAAAGCUCGAGUACAUUAAAGACAGCUUUGACUGAUGGAUAUGAGGAGUCCCCGGAGAAAACGCUUGAAUCAGCGCAGAGUGGCACAGAAACACCCAUCGCUAAGGAGGUGGUGAACAGUGGAUUUAAAAUGGAUGUCAAUGUACUGAAUGAGGAGGACUCCAGGAGCGGCUCGGAGGAAGAUGAAGACUUAGGUGAUAUAGAUGAUGAUCCCAACUACACUGGAACGCUGUCUGCAGACGCAAAGCAACUUUUAUCGGACGAGGACAAUAAACUGCUGGAGACUAAAGGAGUACCCUUCAGAAAGUACAUGAACCGUUUCCAGUGUCCUUUUUGCUCCUUCCUCACCAUGCACAGACGCAGCAUCUCGCGUCAUAUCGAGAACAUUCACCUCUCUGGUAAAACCACAGUAUAUAAAUGCGAAGAAUGCCCGUUUAUUUGCACCAGCCCACAUAAAUUAGGCGCUCACAAACAGACCCACAGUUCAUCGGACAUGGAAACCAUGGACCUGACAAGUGAUAGUCCAGAACCUCAUAAUGACAGUGCAGCAGAGCCCGUCAACGGGGGCAACAUUAGCAGAAUGAAUGGAAAAAAGAUAACCAGCACAUUGAACGACCAGCAAAACCCUCAUCGGUGCACGCUUUGCAACUACUCCACCACUACUCUGAAAGGUCUAAGGGUCCACCAGCAGCAUAAGCAUUCGUACUGUGAUGACAUGGAUCCGACUGUCUUUGAAAGCCAGUUGGCUGACCAGCUGGAUGCUGACGUAGCAGCAUCGCCGACCCGUCUACAAAAAACACAAACCUCAAUUUUAGGGCUCGCCACCAAAAAACCCUUAGUAACCGGGAAAAGGGCAAGAAAGUCCAUCAACGAUUUACCCUUGGAUUUGUCCUCAGUGAAAAAGCGAACUAGAAUCGACGAAAUUGCUAGUAACCUUCAAAGCAAAAUAAGCCAAAGCCAGCAGGACCUGAUCAUCAAUCUGGAUGACAUGGAUGAUGAAUACACGGCAGACCACUACACGAGUGCUGACAAUGUGGACCGAAACCAUAACGGCAACAAUGCCAUCUUCAUGUACAAUAUACAGCAGCCUCAUGCAAGGGAAGUGGCACAUAAAAGUGGCAGGAUUGGGAAAAGAAAAAGCAAUCCAAAAUCCAAAUCCAGAAGCCUACCGCUGUCUUUGACUCUUUCUGAUGAUAGUGAAAACAUUUCAGGUGAUCUCAUGGAUAGUAAGGAGACCACACAUGAAAACAGCCUCUAUUCAGAGGAACCUGCACGUUUCUACUGUAAACACUGUGAUUACCACAACAAGUCUGCGCGUAGCGUCAGCACUCAUUACCAGAGAAUGCACCCUUAUGUCAAAUUCAGCUUUAAGUACAUUCUGGACCCUGAGGACCAAAGCGCAGUCUUCCGCUGCUUGGAGUGCUACAUUGAAUACAACAACUAUAACGACCUACAUCAACACUACAUGGAUCACCACCCGGAAGCAAGCAACGUGCUCAAUUUCAACCAACCCAAUCUAGUCUACAUGUGCCGCUUUUGUUCAUACAACAGCCCAAAUGUCCGAAGCCUCAUGCCUCACUACCAAAGAAUGCAUCCCACGGUGAAGAUCAACAAUGCCAUGAUCUUCUCCAGCUAUGUUGUGGAGCAGGCCCACAAGACUUCUGAAUCGCAAACUCUGAGGGAGAUAUUAAACUCCGGCCCCAAAAGUUUUAACUCCGCAAGCUCCACUCCUAGGUCCUCAUCAAGUCCAGUGCUAAAAACUGUGUCUAAGUCACCUGAAGCAGCAACAGAGAAAGAUCCCCUUAAAGAAUCAGUGGGAAGCAAUGUUGUUGUGUAUGAUUGUGAUGUGUGUACUUUUUCUAGCCCCAAUAUGCACUCUGUUUUGGUCCACUAUCAAAAGAAACACCCAGAGCAAAAGGCAUCUUAUUUCCGUAUACAGAAAAGCAUGAAGGUCAUCUCCGUCGAUCAGCCCGUCACCAACGCCUCUUUCAACCUGAAUACGUCAACCCCAGCAAAACAAUCAAGUGCAGCACUGUAUGGUUCUGAUGAAGAUAUGUUCUACUGUAAGCACUGCGUAUACAGCAACAAAUCUGUUGUGGGCGUGUUGGUCCAUUACCAGAAGAGACACCCUGAAGUAAAAGUGACAGCCAAAUAUAUCAAACACGGUGCCCCCACCGCCGGUUUGAUGAAACUGAUAGAUGAAUUGCAAAUAACAGCACCUAAACAGUUAGUGAAGCAGUUCCAAAAUAAUUGUCACAAUGGAUCCAACAACUCAAGCCCUAAACUGGGAGAGAAAUGUGAGGAUGAGCUUUUCUUCUGCCAGCACUGUGAUUAUGGCAACCGAACCGUCAAAGGAGUGCUCAUUCAUUACCAGAAGAAACACAAGGAAACUAAGGCGAACGCCGAUCUCGUCCGUCGUCACACUGCGGUUGUACGAAGUCAACGUGAACGUGCCCAGUCGAGCAGCUUCGCUUCCACCACAAUUGCCCCAGCUCCUCCAGCAGACCCUGAAAACACUACAUUCUUGCGUGCACUCAAGUGCAGACAAUGUUCCUACACAUCCCCAUAUGUGUACGCCCUCAAGAAGCAUCUGAAGAAGGAGCACCCCACUGUAAAAGCCACAGCCUUGACCAUUUUACAUUGGGCUUACCAAGAUGGUAUCCUGGAGGCUGGCUAUCACUGCGAGUGGUGCAUCUACUCCCACGCCGAACCCCAAGGCUUGCUACUCCAUUACCAAAGACGUCACCCUGAGCAUAAUGUAGAUUUCGCCUACAUGGCCAGCAAGCUGUGGGCUGGGCCGGAGACCAUCGAACAUGGGGGGAACCUUGAAACGAAACAUUACAAAUGUAGGGAUUGCGCCUUUGAGGCCUGCACAAUAUUUGACAUAACAAGUCACUAUCAGGCAGUGCACCCGUGGGCAAUUAAAGAGGAUCAAUCUGUACUUUUAGAUAUCAUUAACGGAGAAGCCGAGAAGAGCCCCAAAGAAUCUUUCAAUUCUAUGGAGGACGAUUGCCCCCUGUACAUUGCCAUCCCGCCUCUGGAGAGCAGUCCCCAUGCCCCCCACCCACGUCUUUCUAUAUCCACUAAUCCCUAUCAGUGCACUGUGUGUCUGUCGGAGUACAACAGCCUCCAUGGCCUCCUCACCCACUAUGGAAAAAAGCACCCUGGCAUGAAAGUCAAAGCAGCAGACUUCGCACAGGAGGCCGACAUCAACCCCAGUUCUGUGUACAAGUGUCGCCACUGUCCCUAUGUCAACUCCCGUAUCCACGGCGUCCUCACUCACUAUCAGAAAAGGCACCCGUUAGUGAAAGUCACAGCAGAAGACUUUGCCAACGAUAUCGAGCAACUUGCUGAGAUAAAAGAGGCUGAGGACAAGAACAAGACUCAAAGGCAGGGUUAUGGUGCCUACAGGUGUAAAAUGUGCUCGUAUACGCAUGGGACGCUGGAGAAACUCAAAAUCCACUAUGAAAAGUAUCACAAUCAAUCAGCCACCGAAAUUUUUACACUGGGUUUGACCGAUGUGUCAGUCGGCCAAGACAUGGAGCCUAUUGCAGAAUGCAGUGCCAGUCAUAUAUCAAACACAGCCAAACACCAGGAGGUUGGUGAAGUCGACUUUACCCUCUCGCCGUUGCCCAUCAAUAAGCCGGAGAAGCACGCCAUCUUCAAGUGUCAGCUGUGCAAGUACUUCUGCUCCACUCGUAAAGGCAUCGCUCGCCACUACCGCAUCAAGCACAACAACGUCCGCGCUCAGCCGGAGGGUAAAAACAACGUCUUUAAAUGUGCUCUGUGCUCCUACACAAACCCCAUUCGUAAAGGUUUGGCAGCGCACUACCAGAAGCGUCACGAUAUUGACGCUUACUACACCCAUUGUUUGGCUGCAUCCAAGACUAUAAGCGAGAAACCCUGCAAAGUGACGAUACCGCCGCCAUCCGAAAGGGAGACCUCGGAGAUGAGCGAGGAGCUGCGCUUGGCCGUAGAGAGUCGAAGGUGUUCUCUUUGUGCCUUUCAGGCAUUCAGCAGGAAGAGCAUUGUGGCACACUACAUUAAACGCCACCCUGGUGUCUUCCCAAAGAAGCAGCAUGCUAGCAAGCUUGGUCGCUACUUCACGGUCAUCUAUGCCAAAGAACCAGAGACAACCGAGGAUAGUCCUGUAGAAACAGAAACGGAAGAUAGGGAGCUGCUGGAGGAUCCUCCAGAAGCCGAGCAGGACGGUGUCAGCGAUUGGCUGCCUUUUAAGUGUUUCAAAUGCUUCCAGUUGUCCUUCAGCAACGGCAGGCUGCUAUCUAUGCACUACAAUGACCACCACAGUGUCGACUUCAAAAGGGACUUUGCAAUGACACCGGACCCAGUAGACGAGACCUCAGAGUGGUUCAACUGUUCGCAUUGUGAGCUGAAGUUCCUGGCGCUUCCUGCGCUCGCCACACAUCUGCUGAAGCACACUGAGGAGUUUGAGAAGAGGGCCACAAGGCAGGAGAGGAGGAGGCAGCUUCUCAGCAAACACAAAGAAGAUGUACCACAGAGCAAGACUGAGAAGGAAAGCUGUGCAAACAAAGCUCCUGAAGGGUUCAGGUGUAACUUCUGCAUGGAGGUCCAUUCUACCCUCCGAGCCAUCUGCAAUCACCUGAGGAAGCAUGUCCAGUAUGGAGAGGUCAAAGAGGGACAUGUCAAGAAGGAAGCAAGCGAGGUCCCCCUGACUGCGCCACCACAGAAACUAGUUAAUGGUGACAUGAAAGAGGAUAAAACAGCCAGCCUUGAGGGGCCUGCAUAUGAUGGGAUGGACCCCACUUUCGUCCCCGCGGACUCCCCCGUUGCCACAGAGACACCAGAGUCGGAGCUGGUUGCUGUCCCGGGGAGAGCGGCGGCCCUGGUGGCCGCUGCCAGAGCCUCAGUGUCAGGGACCCUGCUCAAGCAACGACUAACGACGGGGGGCCACCCGUGUGCCCUAUGCGACCGGGUCUUCAUGUCCAUGCAGGGACUCAGGUCCCAUGAAAGGAGUCACUCAGCCAUGGCUAUGCUUAGCAGAGAGGACAAAUAUAGAUGCCAGUACUGCCAGUUCGUCUCACCCUUCAGACACAAUCUGGACAGACACAUGCAGUCUCAUCACGGGCACCACAAACCCUUCAAGUGCAAACUCUGUCCCUUUAAGUCUGCCUACGUGAGCCGCUUGAAGAGCCACAUGCAUAAGGCGCAUGCUAGCGAGCAGCAUGCGUACAAGUGCUUGUCCUGCCCUUUCUCUUCCAUGACCAUCAGCCAGCUGAAGGAACACUCUUUGCAGGACCAUGGCGAAGCUCUAACUCUGCCUAAACUGCGGGCCGCCACCCAGGCCGCGCACGCUUCCACCCGGCUGACCACCAACGCUGAUCAGAGUCCUUCAGCUCCGGACGACCCAUCAUAUUGGGAGCAGGAGGAUGAUUGUGAGCAGCUCAGUCAUUAUCAAAUUGCCUCUCACAGUCAUGUGUCUUCCUCUUUGGUCCAUGGUGUGACAGACAGUCGCCCGGAUAACAUUCUCACCUGUGAGUUCUGCGAGUUUAGCUCCGGAUACAUGCAGAGUUUGCGUCGGCACUAUAGGGACCGUCACGGUGGCAAGAAGCUCUUCAAGUGCAAGGACUGCUCUUUCUUCACCUGCUACAAGAAUACUUUCACCAUGCACGUGGAGGCAGGCCACAAUAACAAUGCACCAGAGGACAUUCAGAAAGACCUUCGCUGUCCUCUCUGUCUCUACCACACCAAAUACAAGAGCAGUAUGAUCGACCACAUUGUCCUGCACAAAGAAGAGCGCAUAAGCCCGCUGGCAGUGAACCGAUCGAAGCUGUCCCGUCACCUCCAAGGCCUGGUUUUCCGUUGCCACAGGUGCACCUUCACGUGCUCCAGCGACCACGCCUUGCAGCUCCACCUGCAGAAGCAUGUGGAGGUCAAGCCCUACCAGUGCCAGCUGUGCUACUACGACUGUCGACGCCGCAGCCAGCUGGAGGAGCACCUCCGCCUCGAGCACAAGGUCAUCCGGAACUUUGAGCUGAUGGGCCACGUCAACUUGGACCAGCUGGAGAUGAUGGAGCAUGGAAGCAGCAGCGAGGAGGACGAAGUGGAAGCAGCACAGGACGAUAACGACAUGAUGGAGGUGGCGGCCGAUGGAAAGGCUGCUGUUGCUGAGGAGGAGGAGGAGGACGAGGAGGAGGAGGAGCCGCAGCAGCAGGAGGAGCAGGAGCAGGAGGAAGGCAUGGAAGUGAUGGAGAACCCAGGGGAGGAGGAAGGAGACAUAGAGGAUGAAAAGCUGGAGGGUAGCAUCAAAGAAGAAGAGGAGGAAUUCAAGGAGAUUGACGAAGAGAGGCCUGCUCUACAAGAAGUCCUUGCUUCUCCAAGCAGUAGUAGCAGCAGCAGCGAGAAGGGCGAGAAGCGUCUUCCUUGCGAGUUCUGUGGACGCUGCUUCACUAACAAUUUAGAGUGGGAACGUCAUGUCCUUCGCCAUGGCAUGACGGUGAACAGCAAUCAAUUGGACACCAGCACAAACUCCACAAUGGACGCCUCCGCUCCGUCUUCCCUCUCCUCCACAUCCAUCGACACUGGACUGGACAUUUCCGGCAACCGGGAAGAGAAUCCAAACCCCUCAGAUCUAUCGCAAAGUCAUUAUGAGGACGACCAAGAGAUGCUUGGCGCCAAAAUGGAUCAGCAGCUGGCUUGACCAGACUGGGGACCCGCUUGGGCCAAUAAGGUUAGGUCGAAAUAGGAUGUUAAAUUAAAAAAAAUUAAAGUGAGAAACAUUUUAUGAUUUGGUGCAUUAUUAGAUUGUAGGUGUUACAUAUAUAAGUAUUAGGUUGUGCUGCUUAAAAAUAAAAGGCGGAGUUCCUUAAUUAAAUGGGCGGUCCCCUAGGACAGAUUUUUAAUAUAUUGGUAACCAAUAGUGAACUUUUAUUGCUGACAUUCUGGUCAAAACUACAGUGAAAAAUCCCAUCUAUAUUAAACUAUUUAUAAAGAAUGUUGCCCAAAAUUAUCCAAAUUGAGCUAUUCGAAGCACCUUUUACGCUUGCUUUAUCAAAACAUGAUGAUAAAAGAUCAAAUAGUAAAUAUGUGAGCAUUUACAGAUGACCCAAUGCUACCUUUAUCUUACUAUUUUCCCAUUGACGCCUUGUGUUUGAAUACUUUGAGUAAGGCUUGCACCUUAUCUAUUUUAUUACGUUGGCAAAUCCUCAUUGGUAGAAAUAAUGGCAAUUUACCACCCAUGUUUUUGUAGCAAAUUGCUAUCUUUUAGAUCCCUUAAUAUGAUUAUACUACGUAUAAGCCUUGCCCUUCGUGUUUGGACUGUACUGUUUUAUUAUUGUUCCGUAAUUUCACUGAUGAACAAAAGUGGAUAUUGGAUUAAACGUUAACCCUGUGAGAUGUUGUUUUCCAGUCCGUCAUAGUUUAAGCUGUGCACUCGGUGGACAUAUACGACGACAUGUUGAUGUUUCAUCACGUGUCUACACUUGGGAUCUCGACUAAGGCGCAAAGGUUGCACUUGUCUUUUUUUUUAACUAGGAGGCCGUUCGGAUUACUCAUCUUUAAUAAUUAUUUUAUCAUUGUUUGUGUUGAGGCGCAAAUGUAGCAAAUUUGCAUGCAGUACCUGGCUGUGACCAGCAGAGGCACUAGUGAUUAGACUACCGUAUUUUUUGGACUAUAAGUCGCUCCGGAGUAUAAGUCGCACCGUCCGAAAAUGCUUAAUAAAGAAAGGAAAAAACAUAUAUAAGUCGCACUGGAGUAUAAGUCGCAUUUUUGGGGGAAAUUAAUUUGAAUUAACCCAACACCAAGAAUAGACAUUUGAAAGGCAAUUUAAAAUAAAUAAAGAAUAGUGAACAACAGGCUGAAUAAGUGUAUGUUAUAUGACGCAUAAAUAACCAACUGAGAACGUCCCUGGUAUGUUAACGUAACAUUAUGGUAAGAGUCAUUCAAAUAACUAUAACAUAUAGAACAUGCUAUACGUUUACCAAACAAUCUGUCACUCCUAAUCGCUAAAUCCCAUGAAAUCUUAUACGUCUAGGCUCUUACGUGAAUGAGCUAAAUAAUAUUAUUUGAUAUUUUACGGUAAUGUGUUAAUAAUUUCACACAUAAGUCGCUCCUGAGUAUAAGUCGCACACCCGGCCAAAGUAUGAAAAAAAAUGCGAGUUAUAGUCCGAAAAAUAUGGUAGUUUGAUGUCUUAGGAAGACAACAUAGCAUAGAGAAAUUAAGCUUGUAUAGAAAAGAGUAUGAUUAGAAACAGGAGUUCAGAAACUUUACAGAGUUUCUCCCAUCCGAAAUUUAACUUAAUUUUCCUUAUAUACGAAGGACAUUCCAUCAAAUGCCUAUGUAGCCCAGUUUAUGUGAAACUGUGUUUAGCUGAAAAUUUUUCAAAGUUGUGUUUUUGGGCCAUUUCUUUGCAUGGCAAACAUUUGUAAAUGUGUAGCUACAAAAAUGUUUUUCUACUUCUACCUACUGUCAGUAUAGCUUGGAAUAUUUGGUUUGUACUUGCACGUAGUUGCUAGUUGUGUAAUAUGAGAGGAGUCAAACAAUAAUAUUUCAGCAAGGAAAACUGGAUUUGAAUGAACAUUUUUGAAUAAUUUGUAUUUGCGGAUAACUUAAUAUAAAGCAUAUUUCAUGUAUAUGUCUGGUGUUCAUGCGUACCACAAUUUGAAAAUCAAUUAUCUUUAAAAACGCUUUCACGUAAACAAGAAAAAAUGGUCGUCUAUGGAAACAGGAGUCGCAUGCAUACUUAGCAGGAGCAGUUUACAUUUCCCUCUAGUGGCCUGGCAUGCAUAGUUCAGUAGUUCUGCAUGGUGACAGGAGGAGUUUUGACUACCUUGUCCAGUCAUAAACUUACCUUAGAUGUGUUAGAACUAGGGGUGUUCCGAUCCGAUCUCCCCCCCAAAAAAUCUCGGAUGAUAUCGACUUGCAUCUAAAAUCUCCCGAUACAAGCAGUCCUGCAGCGUGUUUACAUUAGCAAAGCUGGACAGCCAAGUUAACAUCGCAAUGUCCUCCAAUAAGCACACACGUUUGAUCUUUUCUUCUAUUUCAGUGAAGUCAUUUACAAAAGCUAAACAUGGUAGGCUAUAGACUACCAGUAGCUAAGCACACAUAGUAAUAUGUGUACUGAAUUGAACAAUAUUGCAGUCUAAAACACUACUUUUGUCAAUUAAAAGUAUCUACUGUAUUUUUCGGACUAUAAGUCGCUCCGUAGUAUAAGUCGCACCGGCCGAAAAUGCAUAAUAAAGAAGGAAAAAAACAUAUAUAAGUCGCACUGGAGUAUAAGUCGCAUUUUUGGGGGAAAUUUAUUUGAUAAAACCCAACACCAAAAAUAGACGUUUGAAAGGCAAUUUAAAAUAAAUAAAGAAUAGUGAACAACAGGCUGAAUAAGUGUACGUUAUAUGAGGCAUAAAUAACCAACUGAGAACGUGCCUGGUAUGUUAACGUAACAUAUUAUGGUAAGAGUCAUUCAAAUAACUAUAACAUAUAGAACAUGCUACACGUUUACCAAACAAUCUGUCACUCCUAAUCGCUAAAUCCCAUGAUAUCUUAUACGUCUAGUCUCUUAUGUGAAUGAGCUAAAUAAUAUUAUUUGAUAUUUUACGGUAAUGUGUUAAUAAUUUCACACAUAAGUCGCUCCUGAGUAUAAGUCGCACCCCCCGGCCAAACUAUGAAAAAAACUGCGACUUAUACUCCGAAAAAUAGGGUAAUAUGUGUACUGAAUUGAACAAUAUUGCAGUCUAAAACACUACUUUUGUCAAUUAAAAGUAUCUAGUAAUUAUAGUUGCAUGCUACUUAAGGCCUCCAAGUCAGAAAGGUAUUAGAAAGUAUUGAGUAACAGACGUGUCCACAUCAUUCAACUCAUUCUGUCAUGAGUGUAACUUAAAGAUUAUUGUGAACACUAUGUACGAAAAUAACAUAAAAUAGCAUAAAACUGUCAUAAAGUUAGUGUUUUUCAUACCUGAACAUUGACACUACAAAAUAAUAAAAGUGUACUAUGAUUCCUGAUGAUAUUGUACUGGAUUAAUAUCAAUACACAACACUGCAAAAAGUCAGUGUUCAAAAACAAGGGGAAAAAAAUAAAAAAAUUAGGGGUAUUUUAUUUGAGCUAAGCAAAAUUAUCUGCCAAUAGAACAAGAAAAUUCGCCUUGCCAAGACUUUCCAAAAUAAGUAAAAUUAGCUAACCUCAAUGAACCCAAAAAUACCUUAAAAUAAGUAUAUUCUCACUAAUAACAAGUGCACUUAGAAAAAAAAAAGAGACAUUUUUGCUCAAUAUGUUGAAAAGUAUUGUUAAAUUAACAUAUUUUUCGGCGUAUAAGUCGCACCGGAGUAUAAGUCGCACCUGCCGAAAAUGCAUAAUAAAGAAGGUAAAAAACAUAUAUACAGUAAGUCGCACUGGAGCCCGGCCAAACUAUGAAAAAAAAUGCGAUUUAUAGUCCGAAAAAAGCAAAUUCCAGUGCCAUUAUCUUGACAUAAUGAUAUGCGCUCGGCAUCAUGAUUUUUUUUUUUUUGCAUGCUUGAAGUAAGAAAUUAUUACUUUAAAAAAGUAGUUUUAUACUUGUGAGUGUUGAUGACACAGCUUUGCAACAGUUGAUAUUCUAGUUUCAAGCAUGUUUUCUCAAUAUAGGUCAUAAAAUCUCAGCAACAAGCUGUAAUAUCUUAAUGAGAUCAUUUAGGACCAAAACCCUUAAAAGAAGUAAAACACUCUAACAUAAAAUCUGCUUAGUGAGAAGAAUGAUCUUAUCAGACAGAAAAUAAGCAAAUAUCACCCUUAUUUGAGAUAUUUAAUCUUACUUAGAUUUCAGUUUUUGCAGUGAAGGCUCCAAAAUUGGUAAUGCAUUGAAACUGAAAAAGUUUGGGACACCCCUAGUUAAAACCGACUCUUUUAGCCUCCUUUUAUGGGAGAAUACUUUUUCAAACAAAAUCAAGGAUAAAAAAGAUCUUCAGGAUGUCUGAAACUUCUCCUCAGCUGUUUGUCCAAUUUUAAGACACUUUUUCCAGUAAUUCUCUACUCUAGCGACUACGUCUCUGGUGUGUGUGAGUGACAGAAAGACUUUGUCUAGACUCCGAAUACAAGACAACUUGUCUUUUAGAGAAUUUCCGGGGUAAAAUAUACCAUUGUAUAUUUGGAUGAAAUAAAAAGACAAGUGCAACCCCGACAGAAAGCCAUUUGACUUUUGAUCCCCGCCUCCUCCUAAUCCUCUUGUGUCAUAGUCUGCUUUAUAUUUAUUUAUCUUUUUUUUUUUUUUUUAGAUUUACUGUUGACAAAAAAAGUAGGCAGAGAUUGUAUUUGUUGAAAGUUGCUGCUCGAACGCCCUAAAGCCUUAUGAGGAAAUGUAUAGCAAUCAAAUUAUAGUCCAAAAUGACCAAUAACGUUUGAAUGGCAUUUUGUCAAGAUGCGUAGUACAUAUUAUUGUUCUCCAGCCUGCUGUGUGCGCUGCUGUAACUCUCAAAAAAGGGAGCUAUGUCACCUGUUGUCAGGACUCCCGUUUGCAGCCGUGUAUAGAAAACUACUUGUUACGGUUUUAAGAAAGAACACGCUAACCUUUACCCUUUUGUUCUUUUUCAUUCAUAAAAAAAAUACACUAUUUGGGAGUGUUUCAGGAUCCCCCAUCAAAUACCGUGCUGUAUAAAGUCUGUAUCAAAUGGGAAAAUGCCUCUAGAUAGGAAGAUUAAUGUGUUUCUAGUUUUUGAUUAGGAACAUCGUGGUAAGAACAAAAAUAUAUCCGUUAAGCAACUUGUCGAUUCCUCCGAAAAUCAUCCUCCCGUAUAAUGGAGUCAUUUGUUGACAAAAGAUCGGGACUGUAUCAGCCUAUCUAUGCUUCCUCUUCUCCAAACAUUAACUUACCGCCAUACACGUUCGGUGCUCGAUUUCUCCGUUUUUGACACAAACCAGCUUGUAGUUUCCUGGAACUCAUUGUGGUAGCUUUAAAAAAAAAUUAAAAAAUAAAAAGGCAGCUCCUACGAUUGAUGACCAGAUGUUGUUAUUGUUAUGGUGACAAUCUUGGAAAUGGCUGCCAGCCCUCCAAAAAAUGUUGGUUGUUCUGUGAUCUUUUAAAUUGUGUGUAUCUUCUGAAUCUGUACGCCCAAAAGUAGAGUCCCUGCUGACAACACACUGGAUACUUUGUACAUAUCUUUAGUUUUGUUUUAAUGUAAUUAUCUGCUUUUUUUUUGUUUUGUUUUGUUUGCUCCAUAGGUUGACACUAGAAUCUGUCCUUGCCUUUCUUCCCGUAUAAAUCUUGAUUACCUGAUGGUGGGUUGUGAUGUUGCCUAGGAUGAUUGUUUACAAUUUUAUUCCAUUUAUUUCUGGAUAUUCUGUAAAUAUUGUAAUUCAUUGUCUUUUUUUAACUUGAUAAUAAAGUUAUCAGAUAAUG